AUGGCAUUGUUUGCAGCAGCGCUCUAGGAGCAACGACUCUCGCGUGCCACCACCGUUAUCGCGCGGGCGGCUUGAGGAACAGGGCCAACGCACUCACCGCGGAGAGGAAAGGCGGAUCCAUGAGCGAUCCUUCGAAAGGCGACUAGCGCAGCCUGAGAAGGGGACGUGUGGUGCGCAGUCGUUGAGCGCCGCCUGGACGCCACGUGACGCACGCGGCGCGCGGCCUUGCGCGUGACGACGCCCGGCAGAGGCACGGCACUCGCAGCUGCCCGCGCCGUGCAGCAGCGCUGAGGCGCGCGGACGCGGGCGCACGGCGGUGUGGGGAGCAGCACAUGGGUGGCGCGGGGUGCGACGGCGAGAAGGCGGACGUGGGUGUGACGAGGAGCGAGAGCGAUGGCGGCGAGGGCGAGGGCGAGGCGUGGUGCGGCAUCUGCCUGGACGACGUGGGCGCGCGCGGGCUGCAGCAGGGCGCGCUGGACUGCUGCCACCACCUCUUCUGCUUCGCCUGCAUCCUCAACUGUCACUCCCCCGCUCACCCGCCGCUCCCUCGCUCCCGUCCGCGCGCCACCCGUCGCGCGGCCCUCCCCCCCGUCGUGCCGUCGGCGCCACCCUCUCAAUCGUGUCGCCAUCCAUCAUCGCCUCGCCCUCGCGCACCCGCAACGCCUCGGCCCACGGCUCCCCUCCGUAGAGGCCCCUAUCCCUCUCUGCACUCCCACCGUCCCCUGCUCACCCCGGCCUGCCCCUGCCGUCGUGCAGUCGUCGCUGCUCGCCUCCACAUGCGCGAAUCCUCACAAUCCCCCCCUCCCCCCCGCAGGUGGAGUCCCGCUGCCCGCUCUGCAAGCGCCGCUUCACUCGCAUCCGCCGCCUCUGCCCGCCCUUGCAUGCGCGUGGGGAGGGGGCAGGGGGCAGUGGCGGGGAGAGCGGAGGGGAGGGGCAGGCGGGGGAGAGGGGAGAAGGCGGGGCGGGGGCAAGGCGGCGGUCGCAGAGGGCAGUGACGAUCAGAGUGCCGCUGAGGGACCAGGUGAGCGGGGGUGGGUGGGGAGAGGGACGAGGAGGGAAUGGUCACGGGGUAGUGGCAAGGCUUACGUGACUCGCUCAACCCAAACAGCAAGUCGAGCUUGUUCUUCUCUCCCCGUGGUGUGCCCUUGCGCCCGCCCGCCCCUCGCUCCCCAGUCAAGGACCGUGGACACCGAAGCAGAUGCUGAGCUGGCAGCCGAGGUGGCAUCAGCUGACCUGGCGGCAGCAGCGGCACGUGAGCCAUACAGCGAUGCGGGGUGCAUGGAGUGUGGCAGCGGCAGCAACGAGCGGCUGCUGCUGCUGUGCGACCGCUGUGACGGCGCGGCGCACACCUACUGCGUGGGGCUGGGCAGCACCGUGCCCCACGGCGACUGGCUCUGCCCGCCCUGUGUCGCCGCCGUCGCGCGCCUGCUGGGCGCACAGGGGGAGGGGGGGAACGAGGGGGAAGCCUUGGGGGAGGAGAGGGGUGGCAGGCAGAGCAGCGCGAGAGGGGCAAUGGGGAUGGGGUUGGAAUGGGGAGUUGGCGGGGCGACAUGGGCAGGGAGCGAUGAAGAGAGUGCGCGGGAGGAAGAAGGGGGUGCGCACGAUGGGGAAGGCGAUGAGGAGAGUGAGGACGAGGACGAGUGCGAUGGGGAGUGGAGUGAGAGUGACGGGGACGAGGGGGCUCAGGAUGGUAGUGACGGUGGUGGAGACAGCAGCAGCAGCAGCAGCGUGGUGGGCGGCAGUGAGGACGACAGCAUAGCAGUGGGCAUCUGUGUUGGCAGGUACGCUCCCCCCGCCGCCACCGCUGCCACCGCCACACAUGCCCGCCUUGGCGCCGCUGCUGCUGUUGGUGCUGGGGCGGGCAGUGGCGCAGCAACGAGCAGCAGGAAGCGCAAGGCAGGGAGGGGUGGGGGGAGGCGGGUGAAGCGGCGCACGACAGCAUCAGCUGCAGGCACGGGUGGGGGGGUGGGGGGCAGCCGAGGGGGCAGGAGGAGGGUGAAGGUGCGGAGGAGGGGGGUGAGGAGGAAGGCGAGGACAGUGGCGGGCAGCCGAAGGGGCGGCGGCAGCAGCAGUGGUGUGGGGGGGCGGGGUGCGUUCAGCUCGAGUGCCCUGCGAGUGCUGGCAGCAGGGGUGGCGGCGAGGCAGCGGCAGCAGCUGCAGCAGCUGAGGACGAACAGCAGAUGGGCGGUGGGGGGGCCAGGGGGGGUGGGCAGCGACCAGGCGAGCAGCAGCGUUGGCAGCUAUGCUGGCUUGGGUGCUGCUGCUGCUGCUGGUCCUGCUGCUGCUGCACCCGCUGUUCCAAUGCCGGGAACUGCCACCACGGCCCGUGCAUGCCCGCCCUCCAUCCUCGACAUUGUGAGCCUGCCCUCUGACCAUCGUUCUCGCACAGCGGGCCGUGGGGGGUCGUCAGGCGGCAGCAUGGGCAGCAGGGGGGGCGCGGGGAGGGGGAGUAGCGCGGGGGGCAGGUUGAGCGGCGCAGGGGAGGAUGAGAGGGCAUGGCGGCAGUUCGAGAGGGCGCGCAUGGGUGCUGCUGCCACUGCGGGCAGGGGCAGCAGGAAUGCAGGGGAAGGUGCUGGGACGGCACAUGGAGGCAGAGGGGCAGGAGUGGGCGGAAGUGCGGUGAGAGGUUUGAGUGGUGCCAUGGGAGGGGGUGCAGUGGUGGGAGGACUAUCCUUACAUGGUGGCUCACAGCCUCGCAGCAGCAGGGGCAGCAUGAGUGCGAGGGAUGACAACCCCAUGGCGUCAACAGCAGCAUCAACAGCAGCAGGCGGCAGCAGUCUCGUGUCCUCUGCCCUGCGUGCUGCCUCCCGUGCUCUCGCUGCCAAGCGAGCAGCCGCGCCAUGCGCAGCUAUGCCAUCACCAUCGCCAUCGCCAUCCCCAUCGCCAUCAGCAGCAGCGGCGUUCAGGUCGGCGCCGGCAGCCGCCAGCUCGUCCGCCCUGCCUGCCACGCCGUCUCUCUCAUCACUCUCCGCCCCGUCUGCCGCCUCUCUCCCACCUGCCUCUGCUCGCCCUUCUCCCCCCCCUGCCGCCUGUGCCGCUGCCACUGACAGGAGAACUCUGCAGGUCAAUGGCAGUGAUGCGCUGUGUGCUGGGGGAGAGGAGCGGCAGCAGCAGGGGGAGGAGGAGUCGCAACAAGGUGCGGGGUUGGUGGGCGUGCGGGGGUUCAGACGAGUGAGGGAGAGGCGAGAGAGAGCGGGGGCACAGGAGGGGAGGGACAACGAGGUAUGUGGCUUGGUGCAUGAUGAGGGCGCGCAGGUGGGGGCCGUGGGGCGCACGGCAUUGAAGGUGGAGUGGGGGGUUCAGGGGACAGUGGGGGGUGGAGGGUUGGCGCAGGGGCAAGGUGGAAUCAUGGAGAGAGGGAGAGAAAUGCGGAGUAGCGAGAAGGGGAGAAGCGGCAUGCGGGAGGCGGAUGUGGGGGAUGUUUUCACCCACGCAGUCAAGCUGGAGUGGGGGGCUCACCACGGCUACCGUGGAUGCGGGGUUGGUAGCGGGAAGGGGGUGUUGAGUGCUGUGGGAAGCAGCGCGGAGCAGAUAGGGUGCGGGAGGGGGGAGGUGAAAGCUGAGUGCGUUGUAGCAGGGGAGGAGGCUGUGCGUGGGUGGGAGGAAGGCGAAUGGGAGCAGGGAGCAAGGUGUGUGGAGGUGGAAGAGGCUGCGGGCAGUGGUGGGGAAGGAGGACGGCUGCGGGUCACAGGUGGUGAGGGCGAGGCUGUGCGGGGUGGCAGGGCGGGUGGGGGGAAUGAGGGAGGCAGCAGCAGGUUGUGGGGGAGGCAGGCGGGCAGCGCAGGGAGGGGCGAGCCCACGGAUGACGGGAGGCAGGGGGGAGGGAGGAGGAACGGAAACAGUGUGAGCCACGACAGUGGGGGUGGUGGCGGUGAGAGGGGCGAUGGGGAGGUGAAAUCGGAGCGGCUCACGGAGAGCAGCGGAGGAGAGAAGGUGGAGAGGGAGGCAGUUGUGCACACAGUGAAGCAGUGCCUGCAUCCCUUGUACAGGCGCAAGGCCAUAGACCGCGAGCAGUUCAAGCACGUGGCUCGCUCAGCAGCGCACCUCUUCUGGGCCCGCAUGCCCGCCCCAGGCCCUCCCGCCCACCUCCCUGCUGCUCCCCUUGCCCCCUGCGCACCACCCGCCCUGUGCAUCGCUGCCACUGACAGCUGCCACCGCCACUUGCCCUGCCACCCUGGCCCCAGUCGCCCCACUCCCCCCUCACCCCCUCCAUCCAUGGCCCCCUGCCAUGAUGCGGUUGCUGCCACAGCGGCCACUCACUCCACGCCUGGCGAUUGCACUGCACGCAGCUGCUGCGUGGGUGAGGGGGGGGAUGGGCAUGGGGAGGCAAAUUGGCAGGGGAAGGACAGGGAAGGAGGACGUGAGGGGGAAAGGCAGGGUGGGGAGUCAAGAGGUGCUGGGGUGGGUAAAGUGGAGGUGUGCUCCUACUGUGUGGAUUGGUGUGUGAGGGCAUUUCUUCCUUCCACGAAAGACUGAUGGUCACAUGUACAACACGUCAUUUUGCAUCAGCAGCAUUCAGCUAUGUCAGAGUAACCAAGUGGACUCUAGCAAGAGAAUACAGGGUGAUAUAAGGGUUUGGGUUGUUGUCCUCUCUAAGCACCAACCUGUCUAGCCUAUAACUAUGCAUGCACAGCAAAUGUAUAAGCUGGCACACCCCCUUGGCUAGAUAAAGCGCAAUGCCUAGCAAGAGACACGCAGCUCAGGGCGGCACUACUAGUCCAACCUAUGACGCUGAGGUCCGAAGACCAGUCAGCAAGAGUACAAACCAGGGUCUCAUUUAUCAGACGAAAUCAUUAUGAUGGUCUGAAAAACAGACCGGUUUUUGUUAG